GGGGGGUCAGUGGUUAAUAUGUAGAGUUACAUAGUGUUCAGCAUGGUGGGGGGGGGGUCAGUGGUUAAUAUGUAGAGUUACAUAGUGUUCAGCAUGGUGGGGGUCAGUGGUUAAUAUGUAGAGUUACAUAGUGUUCAGCAUGGUGGGGGUCAGUGGUUAAUAUGUAGAGUUACAUAGUGUUCAGCAUGGUGGGGGUCAGUGGUUAAUAUGUAGAGUUACAUAGUGUUCAGCAUGGUGGGGGGUCAGUGGUUAAUAUGUAGAGUUACAUAGUGUUCAGCAUGGUGGGGGUCAGUGGUUAAUAUGUAGAGUUACAUAGUGUUCAGCAUGGUGGGGGUCAGUGGUUAAUAUGUAGAGUUACAUAGUGUUCAGCAUGGUGGGGGGUCAGUGGUUAAUAUGUAGAGUUACAUAGUGUUCAGCAUGGUGGGGGGGUCAGUGGUUAAUAUGUAGAGUUACAUAGUGUUCAGCAUGGUGGGGGUCAGUGGUUAAUAUGUAGAGUUACAUAGUGUUCAGCAUGGUGGGGGGUCAGUGGUUAAUAUGUAGAGUUACAUAGUGUUCAGUAUGGUGGGGGUCAGUGGUUAAUAUGUAGAGUUACAUAGUGUUCAGCAUGGUGGGGGUCAGUGGUUAAUAUGUAGAGUUACAUAGUGUUCAGCAUGGUGGGGGUCAGUGGUUAAUAUGUAGAGUUACAUAGUGUUCAGCAUGGUGGGGGUCAGUGGUUAAUAUGUAGAGUUACAUAGUGUUCAGCAUGGUGGGGGUCAGUGGUUAAUAUGUAGAGUUACAUAGUGUUCAGCAUGGUGGGGGUCAGUGGUUAAUAUGUAGAGUUACAUAGUGUUCAGCAUGGUGGGGGUCAGUAUGGUCCAGUGGUUAAUAUGUCUCUGUGUUUCAGCUCCUGACCUCCAGUCCGUUCAUGUGGCUCGUUGCUCUCAGUGGACUGGUCUCUGGGAAGCUGUACCACGGAAAUGCUCUGAGGGUGCAGCGGCUUCUCUUCGUACCCCGGUGGCUGUCCCGUGUCGGGGCCUUCGUCCUGGAGCCCCUGUUCUCCGGGCCCCCGCCCCCUAAUGAAACCCCCCUGGGUAUGGGGGCUACGCUGGACAUCCAGAGACAGCAGAGGAUGGAUCUCCAUGAUCAACAGAUGCUGCUGGUCCAGUUCCAGCAGGCGAGGAGGAACCACAGACCGCCACAGAAUGGCCUAUUGAACUGGAACAGAUUUUUCCCAUCGCUGAGACGCAGAGGACAGAACCUUCCCCCAGAGCUACAACCACACCCCUCUCCACCGCUGCAGACACACCCCUCUCCACUGCUGCAGCCACACCCCUCUCCACAGCAGCUCCACCCCACAGCUCCACCACUGCAGCCACACCCCUCUCCACAGCAGCUCCACCCCACAGCUCCACCACUGCUGGAGCCCACAGCUCCUCCCUUGGUCAACACUCCUGUAGCUGAAGAACAGGUUGCCAGAUUGAUGGAGAUGGGCUUCUCCAGAAUAGAUGCUCAGGAUGCCCUCAGAGCGUCCAACAACGACAUCAACGUGGCAACCAACUUUCUGCUGCAGCAUUUAGGGUAGGGAGGAGUUUGAAAGAUGUAGAACCUGAGAGAGGAAAAACAGAGGGAACAGAAUGAAGUCUGGGUCUGAUCCAGUGAGCAGGGUCCUGGGGUUUGAGGCCAGGGUGACCGGGAUGUUCUGGAACUCCAGAGGACUACACAGAGAAUAACUCCACACAGACUACACAAUUACUAGGAGGAAAGGAGAGAGGAGGACAGUAAUGCUGCUGCUGUCCACUUCCUGAAGGGUGAAGAGGGCUGUCCACAGUGCUUCCUGGUAGUGGGUGAAGAAGGCUGUUCCAGAUAGUUUGGAUACUCUGUCCUGUCACCUUGCUGCUGAGGGACAGAAGAUGGAGGAUCAGAAGGCUGCUAUUCUCAGGGCUUGUUGCAUCUAGUGUCUUCUCUACCAUUACCAUGGUUCAUUACGGCUACCUCCACCUCACACACACCUUCGCCCAGAAAACACACACACAUUCACCAGUCCCUAAAGGUUUUCUUUUGUGUCAUUUGUCCAUGGACAGUGAUUACAGGAGUUUGUUUGUUUGACUUCUGCAAACACUCAGAAUUCAUCUAAAAUCUUAGGGGUUUGAAAUGAGGAGAAUAUACUCAAUUUUGGAAACUGUCAAUCUUGUAUACUCAAUGAAAAAACAUCUGCACGUAAAUCUUAGUGUAUGGCUUGUAUGUAUAGCUGCUCAGUGGCUACAUUCUGGUUAACUACACUAUGGAAUAAAAUCAUGGUGACAAGAUAUUAAUUAUGAAAACUGUUUCACUAGUUUUUCACAAAAUCAUUGAGGAUUUAACACUUAUUUAUAUACUUUUUAUUUACUUUGUUUUGUUUUAUGUGACUGACUGUAUAAACGGAGGUGUGCUUGUUGUUUGGUUAACCUAUGCCCGUGUGUGGUGUUAUUAUGCUACAGAUUACAAAUGAUUAACAAUUUAACAAACUGCUUACAACCACUGAAAUAUAUGCAAAGCGCUCUGCUGUGGUAAUAGUGCUGUCCAUACAGCGUUACAGCAGUAUAAUGGCCUGAUGAAUAAACCUACCUCUCACCUUUA